UCCGGGCGCUAUGAUUGGCUUAUUUCUAAUGAGUAUUAGUGGAAUUGUUCUUACGUUAUGAUUAGAGUGUAAACACAUAGCAAUGGCAAGGGUACGUGGGCUCCACGACGUAAGACCGUGAAUCAAACUCAAUGAACGUCAUUAUAAAGCUACCAUGGUAAAGCAUAGAAGUAACGAGCCUUUGGCUGGUAGUCAAACAUUGCCAACGAAUAAUAAACAGUAUUUUUCUUCUCUAUUCAAACAGGAUGAACUUCAACUAUUUAUCGAGGCUCUUCUGCCACACGUAAAGUCUUUUGCCUACACCUGGUUUAACCUGCAGGCACGGAAACGUAAAUAUUACAAGCGAAACGAACUUCGUAUGAGUUCCGAAGAGGAAAAAAAGUGUAAAGAAGAGCUAGAAGCAGAAUCAUCUGAAGUUAAGGAGAAAUGGGCUUCACGACUACUCGCAAAACUUCGCAAAGACAUUCGACCUGAGUGUAGGGAAGAUUUUGUUUACGCGGUGACAGGACGAGUCGACUGUUCACGUUGCGUCAUUUCAAAUCCCGACCAGAAAGGCAAAAUGCGACGUAUAGACUGUUUACGACAAGCUGAUAAAGUAUGGCGUCUUGAUUUAGUUAUGGUCAUAUUAUUCCGUGGUAUACCGCUAGAAAGUACGGAUGGCGAGAGACUUGGUAAAAAUAAAAGUUGUCAACAUCGGGCACUUUGUGUCGUACCCAACCACAUUUCGGUCACUAUCAGAGAAUUGGAUUUAUUCCUCGCUAACUUUAUUUACAUUCAAGAGAAAAAGAACGAGUGUAAUGAAAGUCCUUCGAGAACAGGAGCAGCUUGUCUGUCGGACAAAGUCGAUUUCUCAACUCCUAGCCCUUUGGAUGGAAAUCUCUCGAUAUCUGGUGUAUUUUCAGUUCGUGAACUUUACAGAUAUUCUCAAACACCAAUAGUAUGUGGCCGCUCAGGCACAAAGUAUUCAAGAACAGAUCUAGAAGGAAUGAGUUAUUGUUCAACUCGUAACAAUUACGUCACACCGUCUAACAUCGAUCAAACGCCAUAUUUAUUUGAACAAUUGGCGCGUAAACGAAGUCGUACGAAUAGUUCAUCAAUGGAAGAUGACAUGGAUGAGGAAGAUGAACAUGGUUUUCGUAAUAACAGUAAUCGCUCACCUGGUAGUCAGAGCUCUACCGGAUGGGAAAUGGGCCAAGCAAGUCCAUCUCACUACUCACCAACUCCUCUACUAAAACCAAAGACUGAGGCAACGUAUGGAAUUGGUUGUAGUUAUGUUACAUCAGGUGCAUCAGGAUCUCAGAAAAUGGAUCCUGCUGCAAUGAUUCGGCUUGCUCAAAAUGGUCAUCCUUGGUCUUCGAUGUAUGGUCACCAUACCCACAAUGCAUUGGCUAGAUCCACGCCGGCUGUUUUGCAGAAAGCAUCGUCUUUUCACCCCAAUACAAUGCUGCCGGAUAUGACCCAUUUACCGUUUCGUGUGGCUUCAGUUGGCAGAUCAUCGCCUAGUGUUGGUACUUCAAGUAAUACGCAUCGUCCGCCACCCUCAGAACUGCUUUGUAACAAUACCAGCAAUGGUUUUAAUGAUAGAACUCAGGAUGCACAUGGUCAAUAUAUAAACGUCACAACCACAAAUAAUCUCUCCACCAAUGGUGUGAAUCAUGGUAUCAUCAAUUCACUGAGUGAUAACAAUGAUAUACUUUCAUCGCACUGCAACAUUCCUAGAACAGCGCAAUUGCAACAACCUUGGCCACAUGGUAUGACAAGUGUACCUGUCAGUACAAUGUCGGUCACUACCGAUGCUACAACUUCAGACUAUCAGUUUCUAGCUAGUCAAGCCGAAAGAUUUUUUGGUAUGAUUCCUAAUGAUCCCGUGGAUGUUACCGCUGACUCGGCUAGAACGGCGACGUAGUUAUUCAUGCGAAUUGGCGUUUUAGCGGAUCUCCAUGGGACACGAUGGUACACGCUUGUGUUUCCUGGAAAUAAUGUUGGCAACUUUGCGACAGUUGCUUAGUGAUGUUAUCGUUUAACUCAAGCAAGUCAACUGCGAAUAAGAAAGAAUUUCGGAACAGAUAAAAAGCUAUAGAGAGAGAGAGAAAGAGCUUAUUUUAUGAAUAAAAGAUAUUAUAGAAAGCACGAACUCCAUUUAUUUAACGUACUUUAAUUUAUCAUUAAAACUAAAGCAGAAAAAUAAAAGGGAAAAACGCUAUGAUAAUUGAGCAACAAAAUCAAUGAACCCGUGUUGAAUUAUUUUCAGUUAAAAAAUCUCUAUAAAUGCUCCUUGUUUUAUCACCCCUACGCGAUAAAUUGUUAUUUAGCAGUUCACACGUCACUCGUUUUUGAAUAAUCGUUUAUCUUCGAUUCAAAAUAAAAAUUCUUCUAUUAAAUUGUCAAAAUAUUGAAAUAGUCUCUGUAAAUUGGAGAAUAUAUUUUUGUUAACCCAUAUUUAUGGUCGUGAUAAUAGCUUUUUUGAUGUAGUAAUCUUCGUAUAAAAAUAUACAUGAAGCUUCCUGCUUUCUUUUGCUCUUUUAUCAGCUAAUUUAAGUGUAUUUAAUAUCGUUGUAAAAUAGAGGUCAAGGAUUAGAGAUAUGACAAAAAAAAACUAAAGUAUUAUAAACUAUUAUUUAGAAAGUGUCAAAGAAUAAAAACUCAUUCUAUUUUUUAACCUGCCAAGCAGGAAUGUGUAUUUCUGAAUUCAUUAAAUAUAUUUUAAACGAGAA